UAACUCAAACCUUUUGUGUAAACAAAUAUCCUUAAAAACAUGACAAGUUGGGUUUACUCAAACCGUUUGAGGAAACCGAUUGCCUUAAACCAUUUAAGCUUUAAAACUUAACAGUUAUAAGUAUGUAACUAGGUCUUAAAACGGAGUCUUGGCAUAAUAAUCCCUUUCUUAAAGUCAUUCGAGUCUUGAGAUAAAUGUUUUUAGUUAAUUAAUCAAAGUACAUUUUCUAUGUAUAAAAAAAAAGCCAUCUACAAUAAGGGAUCAAAUGCAUAAAAAGAUAGAAAAAGAGCGAUUUUCCUCCUGAAAAAAACUAUUCGCACUACAAUUCCCAUGCUCCUUUUUGUGAGGAGCUGACCAAUCACUGAGCUCCAAAGCUUCAGGCAAUCGAGCUCCGCCUUCACUUCCUGUUAGCUACUUACUGACUAAAAGACUGCAGUCAAUUACCAUCCAUAGGGUAAGAAACAUAAAUAUCCCCUCCAACAGGAUUUCAUUAAUUAAUGAGGAUGUUAAACAUAUGAUGACGGCUAUAUUGUCAUGUUUACACUUUAUAGAGAGCGCGGUCAGCAGACGGCUGCCGCUGAUCAGACAGCCAAUAUAGAGAGACCCACUCAUUGACUCAACGGUCAGGUUUUUUUGCCAGAUUCAUUCCUGUGACGCACAUGGAUCGGAAGUCACGCCCGACCUGGAGUUGAAGCCUUCCGGUUGAAUUGGGAUUGGAUGUUCGCACUCUGAAGCCCCGAAAGAUUCCCAGCGUACGUUGGGUGGCGAGCCACGGACCCACGAGCAUAAGUCUAUGCGCAGUCUCACUUUCCCUCCUUCACGGAUUGUGUGGUAGGAUCCACGAGCACUGGCAUACUGAUACUGUCACGACACUGAUUUAACCAAAAAGAAAAAAAGGGCCCCAACAAGCAAUAAGACUAUUUUUGGAACUGGGUUUUAUUUCUUUUGUUUUAAGGGAAACUUAUGCCGGCUUUAUUAUUUUCUUAUUUCUUUAUGUACAUUCUCUGAACUAAAUUGUUACACUGUUGUUAUUGUUCCUGUUGUUAAACAAAGAGUGAUCACAAUAACGCAAAUGACUGUUUUCUGUCUUUAUUGAUGUCAAACCACUGGCUCUUAAGGAUUUAGCAUCUUCUGUCACUGGUCCAAAUACUGUUAAAGAUAACUAAUUACCUGUUACCCUGUUAAUAUAUUGUAAAAAAGGGUUACAGCUUUGGCGAGCCAGCCAGGAGCCAGUUGGUUUGAAUAUCAACAUUGAACAUGUGUCCAAUAUGGACUUUGUACAGAGGUGUGGUGUUAAAAUCCCAAACGCAGUUAUUGUUAGUGGGCUAACACGAGCAGGAGACCAAGAUGAACAGGUUAUUGAUUUCCUUAAAGAAUAUGGGUCUAUCAAAAGAACCAUUUUAGUUGAUGAGGAUGAAUCUGAAUUUUACCAAAACCUGAUCGUUGAGUAUACGCACGGCACAGCUCUAGGAACACUAAGUGGAAUAUUGCCAUACAAAUAUGCCUUGCAAGAUGACCCCUCUGUUGUUUACAACAUCAGAACUUUGAGCAGUGCGUACCAAGCUGAAGUCAGUGGUAAUAUUACCAAAACUUACCUGUCAGAACUUAAGGCCUUAGCCAAACUUAGUGGUGCUGAGUACGGACAUGUGCUUAAAGGAGUGGUGUCAUAGAUUAGUAAAGAUAUUGAAGCAAUGAGCUCUGUAUCAGAGGAAGUUCCUCUUACCCAUGCUGAAACCUCCACUGAGACCCAGCUGACCAUUACCUCCACUGAACAGCACCCCCCUGUCUUAUCCUCAGGCACCGCUCACAGAAAUGAUGGCCUUCCUCCCCCUGGCACCAUCCCAACCAACAGUGUGGGUACAGCCCCUUCACUUUCAGCAAAUGAUAUGAAUCCACCAGAAGUUCAAAAGUUUGUGGUUGAACACAUUGUAAGGAGCGAAGCAAUCAGCUCUUGCUUUCAGCCCCAAUUAAGGCUCCGCUCCUUCUCUGGAAAGACUCCCAGGCCCAACAACGAGACCGAUUAUGACACUUGGCACUCCCAUAUUGAACUGCUGCUAAAUGAUCCUAACAUACUUCCCCUUCAGAUCACCAGAAAGAUUGUAGAGAGCUUGCUUCCACCUGCAGCUGAUGUGGUCAAAGGAUUACGGCCCAAUUCACCCCCUUUAGCUUUCCUGCAGCUACUUGAUUCGGCUUUUGGCGUGGUUGAGGAUGGGGAAGAACUUUUUGCACGUUUCUUGAACACAUUCCAGAAUCCAGGGGAGAGUGCUUCCGCUUACCUUCAUCGGCUGCAGGUAGCAUUAAACCUUGUAGUAAAAAGGGGUGGGGUUGCACCAGGAGAAGUUGACAGACACCUUCUAAAGCAGUUCUGUAGAGGGUGUUGGGACAGUGUUCUGCUCUCUACUCUGCAGCUUGAACAGGCGAGAAGUCACCCGCCUUCAUUUGCAGAGCUCCUGCUGAUGUUGCGCACAGAGGAAGACAGGCAGCAAGCUAAAGCCAGCCGCAUGAGGAAACAUAUAGGUGCCACAAAACGAGUCCAAGUUCAGUCUCAGAGUGCAUGCGCAGACCCAAAGGAGAAACCACAGGUUUGUCCCAGUGCCAUUGAAGACCUCGUGAAGCAGAUUGCCACCCUGCAGAGCCAGCUGACCUCUUUCAUGGCAGAGAAAAAGAAAGAUAGAAAAGGAACCGCACAGAAACCCCAGAGCCGAACACCAGACAAAACAAAUGCAAUCAUGCAAGCCCAGAUAAGAACAAAGCAGAUGAAUAAACCCCGGCCCUGGUACUGCUUUAAGUGUGGAGAGGAUGGGCAUAUCUCCUCCACGUGUACCGAAGCUCCCAAUCCUGCUUUGGUGGCUGAAAAACGAAAACAGCUGGAGAAGAGAUUAAGUGAGUGGGAAAUGCAAGCUAACCCCAGCUCACAGUUAAACGACUAACGGCUCCUGUGGUGGGACAGACAGGGGCUGAGACAAAUCAAUGUCCCUCAGCUUUAAACCUCAUAGUCAACUCACAAGCAUGCACCAGCAUUGAACAAUCAGACAGUAGCCCCCAUUCA